CCUGGCACUAUGGCAGUGAAGCUCAGGGCCCUCCUGCUGGUGCUCGCGCUCAGCCUGGCGCAGCCAGCCACUGCCGGCCGGAAGCUCCUGGUGUUUCUGCUGGAUGGUUUUCGCUCAGACUACAUCAGUGAUGAGGCCCUGGAGUCCUUGCCUGGUUUCAAAGAGAUCGUGAGCAGGGGAGUAAAAGUGGAUUACUUGACCCCUGACUUUCCCAGUCUCUCUUACCCCAAUUACUACACCCUAAUGACUGGUCGCCAUUGUGAGGUCCAUCAGAUGAUUGGAAACUACAUGUGGGACCCCACCACCAACAAGUCAUUUGACAUUGGUGUCAACAAAGACAGCCUGAUGCCUCUCUGGUGGAAUGGAUCAGAACCUCUGUGGGUCACUCUGACCAAGGCCAAAAGGAAGGUCUACAUGUACUACUGGCCAGGCUGUGAGGUUGAGAUUCUUGGGGUCAGACCUACUUACUGCCUAGAAUAUAAAAACGUCCCAACGGAUAUCAAUUUUGCCAAUGCAGUCAGCGAUGCUCUUGACUCCCUCAAGAGUGGCCGGGCAGAUGUGGCAGCCAUAUACCAUGAGCGCAUCGAUGUGGAAGGCCACCACUAUGGCCCCUCGUCGCCUCAGCGGAAAGACGCCCUGAAAGCCGUGGACACUGUCCUGAAGUACAUGACCAAGUGGAUCCAGGAGCGGGAGCUGCAGGACCACCUCAAUGUCAUCAUCUUCUCAGAUCAUGGAAUGACUGACAUUUUCUGGAUGGACAAAGUGAUCGAGCUGAAUAAGUACAUCAGCCUGAACGACCUGCAGCAAGUGAAGGACCGAGGACCUGUCGUGAGCCUCUGGCCAGCCCCUGGGAAACACUCUGAGAUAUAUAACAAACUGAGAACAGUGGAACACAUGACCAUCUACGAGAAAGAAGCCAUACCAAGCAGGUUCUAUUACAAGAAAGGGAAAUUUGUCUCUCCUUUGACCCUAGUGGCUGAUGAAGGAUGGUUCAUAACUGAGAAUCAAGAGACACUUCCUUUUUGGAUGAACAGCACCGGCAAGAGGGAAGGUUGGCAGCACGGUUGGCACGGCUAUGACAACGAGCUCAUGGACAUGAGGGGCAUCUUCUUGGCCUUCGGACCCGAUUUCAAAUCCAACUUCAGAGCUGCUCCAAUCAGGUCCGUGGAUGUCUACAAUGUCAUGUGCAACGUGACAGGCAUCGCUCCCCUGCCCAACAAUGGCUCCUGGUCCAGGGUGAUGUGUAUGCUGAAGGACCAGGACAGCUCGGCUCCGUGCAUCCGACCGAGCAGCUGUGUUCUGGUCUUGAUUCUCCUCCUACUGUUUGCAUAGAUGCUGCUAUUGUUGUCCCCAAACACUCAGCCAAGUGUGCCUCCAUGGUGGGAUGGUUUUCAUUUUCUAUUCGAAUAAUAGCUUCAUUAAUACAAUCAAGGCCACAAAAAUUGUAAAUAUAAUUCUUGGAUGAUUCCAUACAGAAAA